GACUAGUAAAGGAAAUGUCAGAUCUUCAAAGACAGGCAAUCAAAAAACGAAUAGGGGGCGGUUUACCCCCAAUGCCGCCACCUGGUGUUGGAGGCGGGAAGAAAAAACCUAUAGGACGAAGGAGAGACUAUACACCAGUAUAUUGGGACAAUUAUUUUGAAAAGGAACAUAAUGUUGAAGUUGGUGAAAAUGUAUUCCGUGUGUAUGAAUGUGGUACUGAGGGCCCUGUGUUACUGUUUCUCCAUGGUGGGGGAUUUUCUGCCCUCUCUUGGGCAGCCCUAUGUGGUUCACUGUCCAAACUGGUGGCUUGUAGAUGUACUGCAAUAGAUCUCAGGGGUCAUGGUGAUAGUGUGACAACAGAUGACAUCACAUUGUCAGCUGAAGUUAUGUCAAGUGAUGUUGGGGACAUUGUGAAAGAGUUGUAUGGAGAAAGCCCACCACCGAUUAUACUUGUCGGACAUAGUAUGGGAGGUGCAAUCGCAGUGCACACAGGAACCAGGAGUUUGAUUCCAUCACUAUCUGGGCUGGUUGUCAUAGAUGUUGUGGAAGGAACGGCUUUAGAAGCACUAUCCAGUAUGCAGAGUUUCCUCAGGGGCAGACCAAAAGUGUUCAAAUCUUUGGAACAGGCUAUAGAAUGGUGUGUUCGAAGUGGUCAAGUAAGAAAUGUAGAAUCUGCUCGAGUUUCCGUGGUUGGUCAAGUUAAAAGAGUAGACACAAAUGAAACAGCUUCAUCAGAACUGGAACAUCAGCAUGAGGAACACAUUAUACAUGAUGCCAGUGAAACUAUAGUUGAAGAGGAAGAGGAGAAUGGGGAAUCAAAAGGUCAAAGUUCAUCAUCAAACACUCACACCUCAACAGAAAAGAAAAGCCAAGGUGAAAGUGAAUUUAAACAACCUAAGGACCCUGAAGUACAGUACACAUGGCGAAUAGACCUUGGUAAAACAGAGCCAUAUUGGAGAGGCUGGUUUGAGGGGUUGUCCAGUAAAUUCUUAACCUGUGAAGUGCCCAAAUUACUACUUUUAGCAGGUGUUGACAGACUAGAUAAAGAUUUAACUAUAGGUCAGAUGCAAGGUAAAUUUCAGAUGCAGGUUUUACCAAAGAGUGGUCAUGCUGUCCAUGAAGAUGUCCCCGAGCAGGUUGCUGAAGUAUUAGCUACGUUUUUAGUCAGGAAUAAGAUGGCCACACCUACAGCACAUUUUCAGCCGACUUUUCCAGCUUGCUGACACUGUUUAAGGAAUGAAGGCAAAGAACAAAGUCAUUUUGGAGAUUGUUAACUUUAAAAUUGUCUAUGACAUUUUACUUAAGAGAGCUUUCUUUACCAUAAAGGAAAGAAUGAGUGGUCAGAUGGUAGUAUUUAUAUGACACAUUAAAGCAAUGAAUUAGGCGAGUUUUUGUUCCAGGAUAUGGCCUGACAAACAUUUCUGUUGAUGACAAGUCUGUCUCUAUGAGUUUUAAACAAUGAAAGUCAGUAUUGUUUGGGAUUUUUGAGAUUAGUUGAUAAAUCUAUAUUUAUGGAGAAAUAUUCUAAGACAUCAUGUUAUAUAUUGUGUUAUAUGAUAAAUUUUACUUUAGGUGAUUACUGUUCUAAGACUAAUUGAAUAUUCAAUUAGAGGGAAGUAAAUUAUCUUUGAAAAUAUGUCUUAAUUAUUAUGUCUUAAACUGUGUGGCACAUGUUUACAGGAAGUAUACAGAGGAUAUUAGUGUGUUUCAGUGUAAGAUUGAAAUGAGCCGCACUAUGAGAAAACCAACAUAGUGCAUACAAAUGUAUACGACCAGCUUGGAUCCAGAUCAGCAUGCGCAUCCACGCAGUCUGGUCAGGAUCCAUGCUGUUUGCUAGCAGUUUCUCUAGUUGUAAUAGGCUUUGAAAGCGAACAGCAUGAAUCCUGACCAGACUGCAUGGAUGCGCAGGCUGCUUUGGAUCCAUGCUGAUCGCAAAUGUACUAUGUUGGUUUUCACAUGGUGCGGCUCAAAUAUCUUUUACGAGUGAACACCAGAUGCAAUAUUUUCAUGAGUGGCAUAAAUAUUUAUCUGCAGUUGCACAGUGUCACAGUUCUGAUGUUUUUGUAUGUAACAGUUUGAAAGCUUUUAUCACAAGCUAUGUUUAAAUAUGGGUAUAACAAUAUCAGGUUAUAUAGGGUAGCUUAGAAUCAUAGUCUGGCGUAAAACAGCCGUUUUUAUCGUUUGCUGGAAGUGUUUUAUCAGGGUUAGAAGCAUGAAAUUAUCCUACAUUAUGUACUGAUAAAACACCUUUUAAUAUUGGCGCAGUGUGUUGCAAAAUGAAAUGAUUGUUUUUGUAUGAACAUGCGAAUGAUAUGCACUACAAUUUUUUGUCAGAUUAGUAUAUCAUAGCAUAAAAUGUUAUGAAUAAUGUGCUAAAUAAAGAACACAAUUACA